GCGUAGGUGUUCUCAUAUUACAGUUUGUCGUUUUCUUUUCUCUUGUGGCAGCUUGUGGAAAAUGGCAUCCAGAAAUUGCUUGAUGCGGUUGAAAACUUUUCAGCUUAGUAGUUUCAACCCACCCAACGGGAUUGCCUUUUCUAGAGGUUUUGGCGCAAGUCCCCCAGUAUUCCAGAUCAAAUGGCUGCAAGCCGUUUCGCACGCAGAGAAAGUGGUAGGAAAUCCUACCUUUCUCGAUCUGGAAAGUGUGACAAGCCAUGAGAUAAGUAAUAUGGCUGUUUACUUGAAAAAUCUCAUUAAAACUGGACAUCCCCUUACAUCCACUGUCAAAGAACUCCUCAAUCCUAAGGCCAAAAAGGAUCUCACCAGAGGGUUGUUGGUUUUGCUUGUAUCCAAGGCAGGAAAACAUAAGGCAAAUGAAGACAUUCUGCCAAAUCAAAGAAAACUUGCAGAGAUCACUGAACAGAUCCAUACAGCUCACAUUAUCCACUCAGGAAUUAUAAAUCUUCCCACUCCGAAUGAAAAUCUAGAAAAGGGGAAUAAAAUGGCAAUUCUGUGUGGUGAUUUUAUUCAGUCCCGCUCUAGUAUCCGAUUGGCAGAAUUUAAAAACAUCAAGAUUAUAGAGUUAUUUGGCCAAGCUAUAGCAGAUUUUAGUGCGGUUGAAUUUAUUGAUGAGGACACAUACUGUGCCCUAGAUUUGUGGACCCAGAAAACGAAAAUGAGAUAUGGAACUUUAUUAUCAAAUGCCUGCCAGUCAACCCUAAUUCUUGGUGGCGAUAUGGAUCUCCUUGAAUCCGCAAAAAAUUUCGGUCUCGAAAUUGCUUUUGCUUGGCAAGCAAACAUUGACCUACAAAGCUACAAGAGCACAACGAAGAAAGAGGAGCACAUUCUGACCAAGCUUUUUCCACCCGGAACUCCUUUUGAAGAAAUCUUAUUAAUUUUCGAAGCUGUACGCGACAAACACAUCAAUGCAUCAUUGGAAAUAUUGGCAAAGUUUCCACAAAACGAUGCUUGUCUUGCUCUAUGUGACAUCGCAAAGGCACUCAAUUACUAACCGAAUUUUAAAGAAAUAGCCGCAUCUGAUAUCGAAUUUGAAAAACAGCUGCCAUUAUAAGUAAUUUUAUCUACUAAAUAAUUAACAAAGAUAACUUAAGGAAAACAAAAAGGUCUUUAUUUAGCUUUCUCUAUUCUCAACCGUUAUUGCAAGUAACAGAUUAUCCUUUUAUUUCCUUACAGAUGUGAACCUGUUCGAUUUUAUUUAUUAGAAAUCUCAUUUCAUAUAAUUGUUUAUCGGGAUAAAUUGACAACGAUUCUUAA